UUAUUCUUUUUCUAUGAUUCUGAGUUAAAAAACUGUGUGCCAGUAUAAACUUUACGAUAAAAUAAAUAAUGUUUAUACAUCAGGAAGUUUUGGCAAAUCUGGUUGUCGAGGAAGAGCCUGGUGGGGAUGAAAGAGUCGGAGAAGAUAGUCAGGACGAAUCGACAACUGGUAGCACCUCUGCACCACGUUUAAAUCCGGUUGCGCCUGACGAAGACACGCUCCCGAGUUCUCUCGACGGACACGAAUCACCUACAGCCCCAGAAUUAUCGGCGUCUGCAUUCAGCGUCGAUUCAGAUUGUUCCAGUAGUAGCGUAGACAGCCCUCUAUUACCAAGGAGAGAACCAACUGGUACAAAAAGGAAAGCCGAGGUUCUAAGCAAAGAAUCGGGAAAAAUCGGUGUUACCAUUACUACCAGCAGUCCAAGCAGUGGUAGCAGCGGAAGCCCGCCACCGAACAAGAUUCCUCGGCUAUUGCCUUUGAAAAGUAACCCAACAUCUCCCUCGUAUCACAGUCACAAGGUGAAUGGUAGGAGGCCGUCAUCAUCGAGCGUGAAGUCAACACCGGAGGAACCGCUACCGGCAGUACCGACAACACCAGCUCCUGCAGUGCAAGAGAAAAAGCGUGCCGAAGCUGAUGUGCCUCACGGUCCUCCACCCUCGCUGCCGCGUGCACCACCGGCACCUUUGUCUCCCCAGAUAGACACGCCUCUGGAACAGCCUACCAAAAAGAGGCACUUGUCUGAACAAAAACAAGAGAAGUCGAACGGAGCAGUAACAGUGGAUGCGAACGGUCACAAAUCUCCUAGCCCUACAGAUUCUUACACGAACAACAAUAGGUUACCGACCAUUGUCAAUGGACAUCAUAGUCAUAAUAAUAACAACAACCAUACAAACAAUAGUAACAACAGUAGUAGUAGUAACACAUCGAGCGUGAAACAAACAGAAAUCACGAAGACAGACAUGUAUGUCCCUCUCUCGAGUCCUGGUACGGAUUACUGGCACGCGCGGAAUCCAGUUGCCGAUCAGGUGUUCAUUACAGACGUGACGGUGAAUUUGAAGACCGUUACUAUCAGGGAGUGUAAGACUGAAAAAGGAUUCUUCCGGGAGAGGGAUCCGAAGAGCGAUAUCUAUUAACGAUGAAUAAAAACGCUUUACUGUGAAUUUCUAAUACUGAACCAUGCUUGUAAAUAUAAAUUAUUUUCACACGUUGAAGUGUAAAGUCGAAGAUGAUGAAUAUAUACAAAUAAUAUAUAUAUAUGUGUGUGUGUGUA